AAUUGCACCUCAAAUAGGAACAGUGUUAAUUCUACUCGUAGUGAUGGUUGGUUUAGCGAACCUUUCGAAAUUGCAGCUUCACGAUAGGCGGCAACGCGCCUUACAGUUUCCACUGGGAACCUCCAACGGAUUUUUGAUAGCAAUUGCAAUUCCGCUGGAGGUACCGGGAAGAAACAUUUAUUUAUCGCAUAAUUUCGAGAUGAAUUAUGGUUUACCGACGAUGCCUUUUCAAUAUCGUUUGUGGUACACAUUGUUUAAGAAUUCUGCAUACAAUGUUACGGAAGCUGUCAGAAGAAAGCGUAGGAUGGUAGAAACUCCCAAGUUCAGCCGAAGGUUUUUGUACGAACUCAUUGCCGAGAGAAUGGAUAUGUAUGGGUAUAACGGCACAGGAUGUAUCCAUAAAGCUAUCUGUGAAACGUGGGAAUCCCCGGUUCAUGAUUAUAACGGAGUGUUUGGAGAUGUUACUCAUAUUGUAUUCAGUCCGUCGUCAUCGGAAGAUGAAAAUAUUCCUCGCUCAUACUACGAAGCAGAAAACGACGGUAGCGGUGCAGACUGCUCUAAGUAUGAACAGUAUUGUCCAGUGGGAAUUUUUGAGCUGAUUUCGAAUGUCGAAUAUGAAUAAAUUUAAGGAAAUUUUUAAAAGAAUUUAUUAACACU